AUGAGUUCUCUCAAUAUCACCUGGAUGUAUCACUUAACGGGGAACACAAUCCUCGUCUUCACAGCCAACACGACUGUCCGGACUUCCAUGGUCCGGUUUGGGUUCGAUCUGAGCCGCGGCUUCUACGACAGCAUCGAGGCUGCGUUUUUCCGCUGCCUCUGGGCCUUGUUCGUCUGGGUGCCGAUCUUCUGUUUGAUGCGCAUCCGGCUCUAUCCGAUCGAACGUCGCAACCGAGACGACGAGAUUUGGGACACGAUAGUCCAUUUCCUGUUUGCCUGUUGCGACGCCUUCGUCAUGGCCGUUGCGACUGACCACUUCAUGACCGGUAAGCCGUUCGAGAUAUUCAAGGCCCUUCUCAUGCUUGCGUGGUUUGUCUGGAUGUAUGACGUGAUUGAGACUGCUGCGCCCCUUCGUCGUCGAUACAUCUAG